AGCGAGAGAACGGAACGUGUGCGUUACCAGGGAGUUGCGAACCGGGCCUACCGACUAGUCUCGCGUUGAACUCACACCGUCCCGCGUGUUCAUCUACUCCGGUCUUACGCGAACUAUCGCUGAUAGAGUUCAAAGCUUGCACGAUACUAUCCAGUGAUUUUGUGAAUAUCAAGAAAACAAAACUUGAAUGAAAAUGCAAAGGAUUACCAUGUGUGCACAAAAGUGAUCAUUGCUAUAACAAUCGUUCCUAAACAAACAAAAAUACAGUAAUUCUACGAAUUAGGUGAAUCUUAAUCCUAUCAUUAUGCCGCGACCUUCACGUGACUCCUACGGUGACCAGAAACCUCCGUACUCUUACAUCUCUCUGACGGCGAUGGCUAUUUGGAGUUCGCCAGAAAAGAUGCUACCACUCAGUGACAUUUACAAAUUCAUCACAGACCGGUUUCCGUACUACCGGAAAAACACCCAACGGUGGCAAAAUUCGCUGCGCCACAAUCUGAGCUUUAACGACUGCUUUAUCAAAGUGCCAAGGCGGCCGGAUCGACCUGGUAAGGGUGCGUAUUGGACACUGCAUCCACAAGCCUUCGAUAUGUUCGAAAACGGCAGUCUCUUAAGGCGCCGGAAACGAUUCAAACUGCACAAAACCGAGAAGGACAUCUUGAACGAAGAACUUGCCGCUCUGGCUAACAUAAAUCGGAUAUUCCUGGCUCAAAACUCCGGUGCCGACACUUACUGUCCUUCUAUGGUGGAUCCCAUGCAUCAGCCUAUGCUGCACUCGCCCAUAGAAUCUCACUCGCCUGUUUCACUACCGGCUCCCAUAUCUCCCAUCUCAUUCACCGAAACCACAACUCCAAUGCGGCCAAAGCGAGCCUUCACGAUCGAAAGCCUCAUAACUCCGGAUGGCCGGUCCACCCCACUACACCAUGUUCCAAAGAAAUCGUCCAAAUCACCUCAACAUGACAAGCUGAAUCUCCUGGACGACCAUCCCCGGAUACCGACUCUCCUACCGCCGGCCACAACACUGCCUGGUGCCAACAUUCCACCUUUCCUUCAUUAUCCACAUCCAGCACUUGUUCCCUACGAUCUGCCCAUUCACCCGCUGCUCAUGAUGGGUCCAUUAGGGGCGAUCCCACCGCAUUAUUUUCAUCACACCUCCUAUCACAACCUCACGAUGCCACCAAAUCCCGGAGGAAGCGGAGGAGGAGACAGCAGAAACGGAUCGGAUCGAUCUUCUACGGAAUCCCGGCGCACCGGAAAUUCCGUCGAUCACAACCCCGGGGCUCCCACCGACCUAAGCCGGCUAGGCCAUGCCUUGCGAUCGGUGUAAGGCUUCAGUGUCACUCAUCACGUCCACAACUGCGAUCUGUGAACGGUAAAAAAAUAACCCCAAUAGACCAAGGCUGUUUGUUAUUUACUUCUACUGUGACUUCUCGGAGUUUUGUUUUAUUAAUUGUAACAACCCAAAUUAAGAUUAAGUGUAAGUAGAUACUGGAACGAUGCUAAGACACAGCGGAACCGUACCUUGCAUCAACCCUGUGUCAGGAUUAAUCUAGAAGCAACUCGCAAUCGCAAGGCAAACCAAUACGUAAUACUAAGGAAGGCAAUUUUGUGUAAAAACUAAGUGUAGAAAAAACCUAUCAUAUUUGUAUAUUAAAUGAAUGUUUAUUUAUCUAUACGCGUAUAAGGAAAGUCAAAAAUCUAACCUCCAAAUUGGAAGAACACUGACUGAGACACUCGUGUGAAACGGAACAAAUUUGUUCUCAAUGAAACCGAAAAAACAACAUUAACAAGUUUUAAACAUUCAAACUUGUUCAACUACAUAACUGUAUACCUUGCUUAUUGUGGCUCUAUAUCUUUCUCUCUUGUCAAAAUGUAUACAAACAAAAACUAACAAAACAACGCCAAUAGCACGAUUUAAUUUCUAGAGAAAGUAAACCGAAAAAA